AUGGCGAACUACCUCGCCAGCAUCUUCGGCACCGAAGCCGACAAAGUAAACUGCUCCUUCUACUACAAAAUCGGCGCAUGUAGACACGGCGACCGCUGCUCUCGCAAACAUGUCAAGCCGUCCUACUCACAGACCAUCCUCCUGCCUAACCUGUACCAAAACCCAGCAUACGAUCCCAAGAACAAGAUGAACGCGAGCCAGCUGCAGAACCACUUUGAUGCAUUUUACGAGGAUUUCUGGUGCGAGAUGUGCAAGUUUGGGGAGAUUGAGGAGGUGGUGGUUUGCGAUAAUAAUAAUGACCAUCUAAUCGGAAACGUCUACGCACGCUUCAAGUAUGAAGACAGCGCCCAGAAAGCCUGCGACGCCCUGAAUUCCCGCUGGUACGCCGCGCGCCCUAUUUACUGCGAGCUCUCGCCCGUGACGGAUUUCCGGGAGGCCUGCUGCAGAUUGAACAGUGGGGAGGGAUGUGUUAGAGGCGGGUUCUGCAAUUUUAUCCAUAGGAAGAAUCCAAGUCCAGAGCUGGACAGGGAGUUGGAACUUAGCACGAAGAAGUGGUUGAAGAUGAGAGGGAGGGAUGAGAGGAGUAUGAGUAGAAGUCCGAGCCCCGAGCCCACGCGGAGGAGGUAUUAG